UUUUCUUAUUCUAGCAUGGUGAAGGACAACAAUGUCAGUGUAACACCUGCAAUUCCUCCACCCACUGCCAUAUCAUCUAUAUCAGAGAUGCCUGUGAGCUGUACAUCAGUGGAAUCCAAUGGGAGUUUUCCCUUCACUGCAUCAGACAUGUCAGGGAUGAGAGUAGACACAUCAGCACUUGAUUCAGCCUUCACAACAGAUGUGGCAAGUUCUGUAGGAUUGCAGCUUGGACAUGAUAAUGGAGCUGGGAAUUCAAGAGAUUCCUUUAGAUCACUUGAUCAGAUUCAAUGGGACUUCAGUCUCACAGAUCUGACUGCAGACUUGUCAAAUCUGGGAGAUCUAGGUGCUCUUAUAAACUACCCUGGUUCUCCUUUUCUUCAUUCUGAUUCAGAAAUUUUGCUUGAUUCUUCAGAGCACGAUAAUAUAGUGGAGGAAUUUUUUGUUGAUUCUGUCCCUGAGCAGCCGUGCUCUCCGUCCGAUGAAGAUAAGAAAUCAUAUCCCCAGGUGAGUCUUGUAGCCUUCAUCUUCUUGAAGUUGUUGGGAAUAAGAACAAAGAUUUGACAUCCUAUUCAGUAGGCAUUUUCAAAUUUAAGUUGUUAACAAAUUU